AAGGGCUGCACGUGUGUCGGCAGCCGUAUGAGCGCGGCGGCGUGCUAGCGCAGCGAGCGCGGGUGUGGUAUGCCCGCGCGGUGCCGCUAUGGUGCCGAUCCUGGCGGCCUUCGCGCUGCUGGCUCUGCUGCCCGUGUCGGAGCAAGGUCCACACGAAAAACGUCUGCUGAACGCCCUGCUGGCGUCUUACAACACCCUGGAGCGUCCUGUGGCCAAUGAGAGCGAGCCCCUAGAGGUACGCUUUGGGCUGACACUGCAACAAAUCAUAGAUGUGGAUGAGAAAAAUCAAAUCCUGACCACGAACGUCUGGCUAAACUUGGAAUGGAAUGACUACAACCUAAGGUGGAACGAGAGCGAGUACGGAGGCGUCAAGGACUUAAGGAUAACACCGAACAAACUUUGGAAACCAGACGUUCUCAUGUACAACAGGUAUGUUUCAACUGGGAUGGUAAGUGACAGAGCUAUGGGAUAGGAUGGCUGGGAUGGAUUGGUUUGGUCAAGUUGAAGGAAGUUUGGGUUUCAGAAUGAGAUUGGAAUGGAUUGAUUUUCCUUAUUUGGUAAUGGUUUGUCAUCUAUUGGGAUGAGGUGAUUGCGAAGAGAAUGAUUCUAAUAUGAAAAUAUGUAUAAUGCAUAACAAAAGUGUUCCACGUUCAAUGGCCCAAGUUAGAAUUUUGGGUAGCAAAAAUAUAUACGAUACCACAUUUAUUUAAAACGAAUUAAAUAUCUUUCAUAAGGAUACCUAUGUCGAUCGAGAAUCAAAUCCGUAGCUCAUAGUUAUCAUACAAACUAAC